AUGAGGAUUAAUUUAUCAAUACUCACAUUUAGUUCUUUGAAUGAAAAAAAUUGGGGUAGUCUUCUCAGAAAGUUUAGGCGUGUAAGGGCCCUGUGCACAGAAGAAGCCGAUCGAACAGCGGCCCAAAUUGAGGUAAAAAACAAACUUCGGGGUAGUGGAUAUCCAGCUAGCUUGAUUAGGCGUCAAUUGCGAAGGGUGUUGAUACCGGUAGAGAAACCCAACAGGGAAUGGAUUGGGACAGCUGUUAUUCCAUAUAAACCAGGGACAUCGGAGGCAAUUCGAAGAAUUCUAAACAUGGCCAACAUUAGAGUAGCUUUCCAGAGGGGGAACACUCUGCGCUCUGCAUUGGUGCAAUUGAAGGAUCGCCUCCCGGCAAACAGAACCAGGGACUGUGUCUACAAAAUCAAGUGUAAUGACUGCACCAAAGUCUAUAUAGGACAGACGGCCAGGGAACUAUACAUCAGAGUCGGAGAGCAUAGUAGAAAAAUAAACAGGCCGCCGAGAAACGCAGAUGAAUAUCAAGCGUUACUGAAAGACUCGGCGAUUGCGGAACACGCACUAGACACAGGACACAAAAUAGAUUUAGAAAAUGUUGAGGUUUUGAGGCGAGGACUACGGUCCACGUCACACAGACUGAUCGCCGAGGCGGUAGAAAUCGCCAAGCAUCCCAGCGUCAACAGAAUGAAAGGCGUAGAACUGGCUAGCCUUUUGUGUCAAAAGCGAAACGUUGCCCAAAUAAAAACUACCGAUUGUUUACCAAGCUCUUCUGAAAUGAUGACUUCUCAAUCGGUUCCAAACUUUUUCCAAUUGAUUGAAAACAACUACGGACCAUGUGUUCGCAAAUUGUCCAGUGACUACGUUCGAUUGGCAAGGCUAGAGGCAAACUGGGAGAACCACCGCAUAUUCAAUAAACGCUGCUUGAAACACAACAUAAUCCCUACAUCGUUACUGGUUAAGCCACCGGACACGUCACUCGUUUCUGCCCGAAUAGCAUUCUCAGCGGCCAAGUCAUUCCUGAAACAGAGGAUCUACUUGACUACUCGGCGUCUAUCUGAUAUCCGUCACCACUCAUGUCGGCUGAACCAAGAUCUUCAGACCGUGCUCUCUCCCGCAGACUUCCAGUUGCUCCAAACCAAAGCGACAGAAGUGAAAGCUAUCCAAGGACAACAUUGCAAAGAGAGACAAAUACGUAAGUUCGAAAUGUUGCUUUCUAAGACUCGGAUUUCAAGGGAGCCCAUGACUAGGCCUGAACCACCUACUAGCUAUUGUAGCGUGGUAAAUUUAUCAAAUAGACCGUUAAGUGAGGAAGAGCGCACUCUGCUAGAGAAAGGCUUGAAUUUCGCAGUGAGCAAAAGGGUGAUAAGGGCCGAAGAAAUAAUCCCUAGCGUUGAAUCUGUGUUUCAAAAACUUCCGUCAAUGGAGGCAGAGAGGCUACGGGUACAGCUAAUCACAGUCCUUAAGUCCCAGCAGCCAGGAGCUCCAAAUAUUACAUCAGCAGAGCGAAGAGCUUUAAACACCCUAAAACGGGUGGACAACAUAGUGAUUACAAAGGCGGAUAAGGGUAAGGCCACAGUUGUUAUGAACAAGAGUGAUUAUUUACAAAAGGUUAAGCAACACCUAGCUGAGGGUCCUUAUCGGGAGAUCAACAAUGCGAAUAUUACGUCUAUAAUGAAUAAGAGUAAAGCCGAAGUUGGAAGAUAUCUGCGGUCCGUGAUAAACCACUUAGGGCAAGGCAACUGGUAUCGAUUGUACCCCAAAAGUGCAAUCCAACCACGACUUUAUGGCCUUCCAAAAAUCCAUAAACCAGAGGUCCCAGUGAGACCGAUAGUAGACGGAAUAGGUUCCCCACCGCAUGAACUGGCCAGAUUCUUGGCCGGUAUUUUAAAACCCCUAACCGGGAAAUCUAGUACUUACAUUAAAAAUUCAUAUGACUUCGCCAACAAAGUAGCGGGUGUCACUGUUGAACCGGAUGACAUCCUUGUAAGUUUCGAUGUGAAUUCGUUAUAUACAAAUGUGCCAAAAGGGGACUCUUUAGAAAUAGCCAAGCGACUGCUGUUAGCGGACACCACCCUUUCGGAACGGACACAGCUUACGGUAGAUGAGAUAGUGGAAGGCAUAAAAGCAUGUCUGAAUCUCACCCACUUCGUAUUUGACUCAGUGGUUUAUACUCAAGAGCAAGGUCUAGCAAUGGGAUCUCCAAUAUCCCCGGUUUUGGCAAAUAUAUUUAUGGAAGAAUUUGAACAGAGAGCUUUAGCCGGAUUCCCACACCCACCAAAGAUAUUCUGGCGGUAUGUAGAUGACACUUUCGUCGUCAUGAAACGGGACAAGGUUAAUGAGUUUUACAAUUAUCUGAAUGAACUGAGUCCACAGAUCAAAUUUAGUAUGGAGAUAGAGUCAACAUCGGGUAAACUGGCCUUCUUAGACUGCAUGACACAUAAGGUUGGGGGGAGACUAAAGACCACAGUGUAUGAAAAGCCAACCGACACUGGGGCAGUUUUGAACUACUCGUCUGCCCAUCCGAAGUCGGUAUUCGCCAGUAUUGCGUCAUCAAUGUUUAGGCGUGUAAGGGCCCUGUGCACAGAAGAAGCCGAUCGAACAGCGGCCCAAAUUGAGGUAAAAAACAAACUUCGGGGUAGUGGAUAUCCAGCUAGCUUGAUUAGGCGUCAAUUGCGAAGGGUGUUGAUACCGGUAGAGAAACCCAACAGGGAAUGGAUUGGGACAGCUGUUAUUCCAUAUAAACCAGGGACAUCGGAGGCAAUUCGAAGAAUUCUAAACAUGGCCAACAUUAGAGUAGCUUUCCAGAGGGGGAACACUCUGCGCUCUGCAUUGGUGCAAUUGAAGGAUCGCCUCCCGGCAAACAGAACCAGGGACUGUGUCUACAAAAUCAAGUGUAAUGACUGCAUCAAAGUCUAUAUAGGACAGACGGCCAGGGAACUAUACAUCAGAGUCGGAGAGCAUAGUAGAAAAAUAAACAGGCCGCCGAGAAACGCAGAUGAAUAUCAAGCGUUACUGAAAGACUCGGCGAUUGCGGAACACGCACUAGACACAGGACACAAAAUAGAUUUAGAAAAUGUUGAGGUUUUGAGGCGAGGACUACGGUCCACGUCACACAGACUGAUCGCCGAGGCGGUAGAAAUCGCCAAGCAUCCCAGCGUCAACAGAAUGAAAGGCGUAGAACUGGCUAGCGUGUGGAGAACGGUCUUGGCUUUUGUGUCAAAAGCGAAACGUUGCCCAAAUAAAAACUACCGAUUGUUUACCAAGCUCUUCUGA